GCCCCGGAGCAGCUCCUCGGGGCUGGACACCUUCCCUGGAAACAACAGCCCCGGGAUCCCCCGGGACCCCCUGCCCGGCCGGGGCAGAGCUGAGGGGGGUGAAGCCAAUGGACAAGGAAGAGGACAAAGAUCACACCCCCGCAGACAAUGAGAGAAGCAGUUCAGAGCUGGAGAAAAAGGAAAAAGAAGCCAAGCGUGUUAUCAAAACUAUCCAGUGGACCACAGGCAACAACUUCACAGUGGAGAAAGGGCGGCAGCAGAUUGAAGAGCUCAUUUCUACAUGGGACAUUCAUGAAAGCUGGCUUCACCACUCAGAAUUUCUUGGGGAAGAAGAACUGAAGGACAGCAAGAGGUACCAUUACAGAGCUUGCUGGGGCAUCCCAACACGCAGAAAACCCAUCCCACGAGCAACAGCAAGUGUCUACUUUGUUAUAGUGAUCUCCAAACUCAAACCUGAUACGUCUCCUGUGGAGGUUUUCUUCAGACUGGAGUCCAGCAGGCUGAUUCGCAGGCCAGAAGAGUUUCAGUUUAGAGAAAAGUGGCUUCAGGACAUUAUUGAAAAUAAAAUAAUCCUCAUAGAAAGACUUAGUUCCAAAUGAGCAGCUACAAUUCACCAUCACCAGUGCUCAGUUAUGGAGAACCAAAUAAACACAAUGAAGAAAGAAAGGCUCUUCCUUAGCAGCAUUUCUACUUUGUGGAUACAUAAAAAGCAUUGAACCUGUGCAAAAUCAAUGACGCCUUGACACAGUAGUUGGCUUUAUGUGACGGUCCCUGGCAGGUAUGGGUGGGUACAGCAGGAUGGAACCAAGUUCCAGAGUGUAAAUGGGAAGAGACAGCUGGGAGGGAUUUGCUGGUCUGUGGAACUCCAGGGAAAACAUUAUAGGACUUCUGGACUUUUAUCUUCUUCGCACCAAUAUAUGAGACAUCUCUGCUGCCACUUAGGGGAACAAAAAAAAUAAAAAAAACGAUUUAGGGGAACAAAAGCCCUUUAAAAAACGCUUUCUUUUUCUCAAGUGUUUUUAAAAACAUGUUCAAAGGGGAUAUGUUUUGGAAAUAUGUAGUUGAAUCAAAGAUAACCACCACAUAAGCACUGCUUGAGCAAGGCCUCCAAGUACAGAGCUUAAAGCAAACCACAUAAUGCUGCUGAAACAGACCAAAUUAAAAUACUACCAGAGUUAAAAUAAGGUUUUAAUCUAGAACACUUUCAUAGACAUAAACAUUUCAAAUAAAUUGAAAGACACAUCCUUGCUGCCAUCUGUAUACAUCCAGGGGUUCCAAUCACUGCACCCCACUGCUCUGAUGCCUAUGUAUAACAUAGGAGAAAAAGAAGCAAGCAACUUUGUUCUUCACCACAGAUGAAGACUGUUGGUACUGUUACUUUACACCCCAGUUUCUAUCUGCUUGCUCUAAAGUAACUGAAGCCCAUCUGUAUUAAAUUACAAACUCAUUUACAGAAUAUUUACAAGUCUAGUUUGAACCACAAACCAAACUUCACUGUUUUGAAGAAAACCUAAAUCUAAAAGACUUCUGAAGAAAUAGCGAAGUGGACAGUCCUAGAUCUUAAAUAGGAACUCAGGAGUUCCUUCAUUUUUGCUACUGUUAGUAGUAGCUUGUUAACUGUCUUUUCCAAGCUAAAUGAUUCUAUGAAAAAUCAAAAUAAA